AUGUAUGCAAACUUAAGGAGAAAGUCGAUGAAAACAUCAAAGAAUCAACAAGUGGUUAAGCUUCCGAAUGCUGGAUUGAUCGCAGUUGAGAAGUUGCUGAACGAUGAAGAAAAGGUAGAAAUUGAAGCAAGAGCGGAACGACAAAUCGAACAAGAAAAACAGCUACGCGAGCUGACAACAAAACCCGAUGUUUAUCAAGUCCUACCAUAUACUGACGAGAAUAAAUGCAUCGUGAAAUAUCCAACUAAAAAUAAUAACGAACAACAUAUCGCCAAUACUCUUGAUACCGAUACUAUGAUUGGCAAAAAACCGACUGUAACUCCCGAGUUUAACCGAAACUAUCAAUUCCAAUUCCCACCACAAGACAAUAACGAUCUUUCAUCACGAAGCAUUAACGAAUUCUCACCACGAAACAACAACGAAUUAUCUGUUUCAUCUUCAUUAUUCGCUUCAAAUUCAUCAUCUUCACGAAACGAGAACGAAUUCACCGCUUUAUCAUUAUCCUCAUUUACUUCAAAUUCAUCGUUUCCAAACAUAUCAAAUUUGAUAUCAUCAACGCGAAAAAAUAACAUGAUUACAUCAUCUCCAAUAGACGCGGCAACCAACAUUGAUAAUAAAAUUGAUGAUAAUACGUUACAAAGAGAUGAUCCUGAGGGAAUGAAGAAACCUGUCAACAGUAAUAAUUUUAAAGGCAAAGACAAGCGUUUUCAAGAAACGAAAGGCAAAAUGCCCAUGGAUCAAUCAAUCUUCAACAGUAGUAACAAAAACACAGCUCAAUACAGUUUCAUAUCAAAUAAUUUUGAAGCUGCGUCUACGAAUUCGGAUGCGUUUUUGGAAAAAUUCUCGAGAGAAGUAGCUGCGCGAGUUGAGCAUGACAUGGAGCUUCGAUUAUCGAAUUUUUUUUCGGAUGUUAAAGGGUCACUGUUGCACGAAAUAAGUAAUAAAUUACAGAAGGUGUUGCCAAGUUCUUAUGACGAAAAGAAGAAAGAAGAAAAACGUAGAGAUUACGAGUGGAUCAAUGUAGAAGAGGCAAAGCUUGAAAAACUACGUGACGAAUUAAUUCACGAAAUAAAAACCGGUCAACGGGAUAUUGCGAGCUUAUUUACCAAUCAUCUAAAAAAUCAACAUACGGUAGAAAAUGUUGAAUUGAUGAGUGAAAAUGCAAAAUGGCCUGAAAGGAAUCGGACAGAACUGCAUCAGAGCCAUUUUUCCUUGGAUCUACAACGGAAGGAUUCGUCCUCCUAUUCAUCUUUGGAGAAUGACUUAAUGCAAGCUCGUGAAGAAGUGUAUAAUCUAAACCGAGAAUCUGAAAAUAAAAUCCGUGCGCUUGAGAACCAAAUCAAAACUUAUGAACACGAACUAACAACUCUGAGACUAGAAAACCAAUCAAAAGAACGCGAUCUUUAUGACCGCAAUAAAAAACUUGAAGAAGAAAUCAUGUCUAAAGAAGACUCAUAUCUAACGAAAUGUCACGAAUACGAGCAACAAUUAAGCGAACAGUCUUCUCUUAUUGAAAAAAAUGAACAAAGAAUCGAUGCACUCUUGCAAGAAAAUACUAAACUACGAGAUAAAAAUAAAGAAAUCGAAAAGAAUCGGGCGGAACUCACUAGUCUACGAGUUCGCGAAAGCGGCUCUUCACAAACAGAAAUUACUCGAUUACAAGAUCAAAAAUCUGCUCUCGAAGCAAAAGUUGGGCAAUUGACUAGUCGGAAUCAAGAGUUACAGAACGAGAUUCGCGGACUGGGUCACCAUAUAAAAAGAAUGGAGGAACAAACCACGCAGCUAGAAUCAAUGUGUCUACACGUAAACCAGUUAGAACAGAAUUCUAACGAAUUUGAAAGAUUGAAAAAAUUUUCUUCCGAUCAGCAACGUGAGUUGGAUCAAGCUCGUACCUUAAUUCAGAGACUCGAGAAUGAAUCAAAAGAAAACGUAAAUCGUAUCAAGGAUCUCGAAAGGAUGUAUAAUCAAUCUCGAAGCGAUGUUGAUUUACAUAAAUCUGAACUCGAACUGGUUAGGAAACACAAUCGAGAGCUGGCGGAAGACUUGAGCGCUGAACAAAAUAAAAAAAUUAAUGAUGCCCUACACAUCAAACAAGAAUCCGAAAAGAAUAGACAGCAAUUGGCGAAUAAAGCUGAAGAAUUGAAUAAAGUUCGUUCUGAAUUAAACGAAGUAUAUGCGAAAUUAAAAGAUGUAGAAGCCCAAAAAACGCGACUCCAACGAGAAAACAAUAAAAUUGCAAAUUUGGAAAAAGAGCGAACAAAAUUAUUAGAAAAUAUUAAAAAUAUAGAAUUAGAGAAAAACCAUUUACAAAUAGAGAUGCAACGGGUCGUAACAGAAAAAAUGCAAUUGGAAACCGAAAUUUCGCGUCUUACAUCUGCACCAGCUCCAACACCGUUUGCUUCAACACAACCUGUCAAUUAUAACUAUUUGUCAAAUAAUAAUGUGCAAACAGAAGCUAUGGCUAUUCCAACAAUAAAUUCGCAAUCUCCGUUUGUCAGCAAUUUCCUUCCUACUACACAAGGCGAUACUUCUGGUGACGUUUUAUCAUCUGCCAAUACUGUAAACGCAAGUCCGUUUGUUGACGAACGGCCUGUAUCGAGAGACGAACUAUCCUCUGAAACGAACCAUGCAGUUAUAGUAAAUCCACAAACAUCAGCUAGUGGAAGGAAAAACAAGUUUGGUUCGCAGAACCACAGUCGUAAAAAUUCACGUCAAACAAAGACAAAUAAUGAUAAUCAAAAACCAAAAAGUCGAAAAAAUUUAAAUUACAGAAAUGGUUCGUCUUCUAGUACAACGGCUACUAGGUCGACUAAUAAUAUUGCUGCCAAUGAACCUUCAAAUACCGCUGCACCUGUCAAAAAUAGCUGGGUGGAUGGAGGCAGUAUUGUGAAUAAUGCGUGGCCCAAGACUACUAAUUCUUAUCGUUCUCAAUGA